UAAGAGUUCGAGGUUAACCGGAAGUUAAGUUAGCAAGAUGGCGGCGCGCAGUGGUGGUGCUGAGGCGAUGGAGCCCUUUUCCGACGGAGAAGAAAGCGACGAGGCCCCAGAGGAGGUGACCUUCGAGAGGGCGCGGGAGGCGGCUGCGGAGGAGCGCCGGUUGGCGGGGGAGCGGGCCCGCAGAGAAAAGGCCAUAUUGAAAGAAAAGAGACGACAUAGAGAAGAACUAUUUAAGGAACAAAAGAAAAGAAAGCUGCUUCCUGAAAAUGUCUUGGAGGAGUUGGCAUCCACACAGAACAGCACCAAUUCGACAUCUGAGGACCAAGAUCAGAAUGUUGAAGAUGAAGUUGAAAAUCAAGACGAUUCAGAAAAAGAGAGUGAAGAGGACAUUUUAGCAACCAGAUGCCCCCCAAAUUACAUGGCUGUACGGUUAGAAGACCAGGAGCUAACCGAUCAACAGCAACAGGAUGCCAAAAACUUUAUACAGAAACAUCUUUAUGGAGCAAGCUGCAAUCGAACUACUGCAAAUCAAUAUUUUUCGGUUGGAAACAAGAAAAAUGCAGUUAAAAGAGCUGCGAUCCAGUUUGUGAAUAAAUCUUGGGGUAAAGUAAAAAAAGAAAAAGCUACUCGAUUUACAAAACAUUGGGUAUCUUCAAAAGUAAUUCCCUGAAAUAUUUUGCUGUUGCUUAUGUACAAUAUCAUUGCAAAAUAUCUUGUAUUUAAAUUAUGUAAUGUCCUUGCUAUUGUUUAUAUAUUAACAUUUUUAUGAUUUAUGUUUUCUUUUAAACUUUGCAGAGAAUUAAAAAGUAUAACCUUCUGGAAAAUAAUUAGGGUCUUGCAAUGGUAUGUUCCAACUAAAAGUAAUUUUAUCUGGGUCUUUUGAAUUCAGUUGAAAUAAGGUUUGAUUGAAUGAGAAAUCAGUUUCCUAAAUAUUUUGAUACUCUUUUUGCUAAAAUAAUUUUUAACAAAAAUGAUUUUUAACUCUCCAACAUAUGUAACUUGACUUACUACUGUACCCACGAUGUGUUUUUUGAAAGUACAUUCCAGCUGUAAAAAGAAGAUCUAUCUUGAAAUAAUUUGUAUAUAGGUUUGCAAAAAUGGGAAAUAUUAAUAAAACAUAAAACAUUGAAUCUGGUUUGCCUGAAAAUAAUUCCAUGGAAUUAGUAUAUGUUCCAACAAGCAGCUUGUUCCCCUACCUGAUACUUAGAUGCCUAUGGGAGCCACAAGCAAGAUGUGAAUCAGUAGGAAUACCUAAUUCAUUAACUGCCUAUCCCUGGUUUAUUAGGGUAAGAGGCGUAGCCAAAUAGUCCAAUACAAGAAGCCUUAUAGCAGAAUAAGAAUACUUAUAGCAGACAACGGUAUAAUUCUAAUCCACUCCUGAAUUUUUUCAGGAGUCAACUCCAAAGUAGGUCCAAAGAAGAAAUCAGGUUGUCAGGAAAUUUAUUUCCUAUUUGGCUCCUUUCCAGUAAAAAAAGUUAAACUUGGAUGCUGAUCUUCUUCAUUGAAAUGGAUUUUAUACUGAUCAGAAAUAACUGUAAAAAUUGAGCUAUUCGGGAACAGGUAUCCAGUAUGCCUAUGUGGACUACUAUUCCUAAGAGUUUAAGUAAUUGAGCAAGCCUUUUUUUUCUCUGUCUUUUGUCUCUUGAUGGGGUAAUCCCAUAAUUCUUGUAGUCCAGAUCUAUGCAUCUCGAUCAGAAUCCUGGUUAGAAUUAGGUAAUGGAAGAUGGCUCCCCUAAGAUCUCAGUAUUAUUCCCUGACAUCACUGGAUUAUAUUAAUUUGGCUUUUUACUCAAAUUCUGUUGUUCUCCCUAUUCCUCCAUGGGAAUUGGGAUAACAGCUGGCAUUAAGAGACACACUUGCUGACUCAGCAACCACAUAAAUUUUAUCUGUCACUAAUCUGAUGCUUCAGGUCUCUUAGCAGUGGUGUAUUCAUCACACUGUGUCUGGAGCCAUCCUUUUUCCUCCCCAUAUGAGAGUCUUCUCGACAGAGCUGUUUUAUUCCAAAAUAGGAUCACUGGAGCCUGGUCAAUUGGCGCCUCAAGUGAGAAGUCUGAGUUGAUUUGUUUGUUUGUUUUUUGGCUGUCCACGGUAUUCUCAAGAGUUUUCUCCAACAACCAAAGUUCAAAAGCUUCCUAUCCUACUUUUCAAAGAACAAAGAUACUUACUUGGGAAGCUAAUAUAUUUUAACUCUAGUGGUUAUUGCAUUCAAGGGUCACCACAUAAUCCCUUCGAAUAUGGAGACUCAGUAGAUUGACUUUGCAGAAACUGAAGCCUUGCAGCUUUAUAUCUGUAGCUAUAGCUAAGGAGUAGGCUGAGUAACAAAUGGGCUGUUCAAUACUGACAAUGAUGGGUGGCUAAAUCUUCACCUUGCAUAUUCUGCUUAUUGCAGCCUUGGGGAUGUUCCACUCUGCUACUGAUGAUGCACUUUUCAUUAGAUUUUUUUAAAAAAAAUUGCUUGGAGACAUACGAGACUUACACUGUCCUUCUCAUUCUAUGAAUAGACCUGAGAUAGUGUGCUGUUAAAUUACUGCUAGUAGUAACCCUUCUUUACAAAACCGAGCAUAAUAUAGGUAACACAAUCUUGCUCAAGUGGGGCCUUAAUCCAUAAUUUUCAGCAGGAGCUAAUGUUGCCCAUGAGCCAUGCCAACAAACCUGUCAGGUCAGAAAAGCAAAUGGUUAAGAGCAUGGUACAGUGAGACCAAAAGGCUUUACCAAAUAAAAGCAUCAACAAUUGUUUAUAAAAUUGGACCAUUUUGCCCAAUAUAAGUUCUUUACUCAAUAAUUCAGGAAUGUUUCCUUGCCACUACAUUAAGAGGCACAGGUAGAUUAUUGCAAGAUCUCUUCUGGUGAAAGCAUAAAACUGUCCUAGUUUAAUAUCUGAAAGAACUAUUAACACUACUAUUUUCAUUCCCUUCAGACAAAAAAAUGAAGCAAAUGCAUGCAUUUGGAUUCUGUCCUAUUAUAGGAUAAGAUCAAGUUUUGUAUAACAUCCAAUCUUGCUACCUUUUAAUGUCCAAUACGAAACAAACGUUCACUCUUAUAUAGACCCCCUGUUGCAUAAUGUAUAGGAUAAGUAUAGGGCCCGACCUAUGAGAAUCAUAUUUUGGGUAUCCAUUGCCUGCAUUUAUUAACACUUGGUAUAGGUAAACAUUCUGCUAACCACUUACAUAACUAUUUCUGUUUUUAUAUCAGUUAUAUAUACUUAUAAAAAGCAAAAGUUAACCACAAUAAUUCAGGGCACUUAAUUUAGUUGCAUCAGCCUUAAAUCAUAACAGGAUUUUGGUCCAGGAUAUGUGACUUGAUGUAGCAAUAAUACUUUAAAGGUGAAAGAUUUAUAUGAUCUGAAGAGAAACCAGAGUGUUUAAAUUUAAAUAUUUAAAUUUUAUCUACUUGAAUCCCAAAUACAACACAAGCAGAAAAAUAAGGUAGCAAUCCUACCAUAUGUAAGUAUUUAAUGGCUGAUUAAUUAUGGUAUCACUACAUUUUAUUGCAAUAGAGUACUCAUUUAAGCACUUUUUAAAAUGCAGGGUGUACAAAGAUUAAAUUAAGACUGAAAUUGACUAAAUAUUUGGUUUUUAUAUAAAUAGGCCAUAACCACACUGUGUUGACAUGUAAUACUGUUAUGAUACAACAGUUAAACAGGUGAGUCUACAACAUAAGUUGUUUGCAGUUAAACAGGAAACAGAGCUGAAACGAC